CACUUCCCGUUUGCACCACCGACCACGACGAACCAUCGACCAUGGCCACCGGCCUCCUGAGCAAAGUGUCCAUCGCCGUGGCCGCCUACGCGCGCCGCUUCACUCGCCGGCUCCUCCGCGCGCGGCGGCUCCGUCGGGGCGGCAGCGCCUGCCUCGGCAGGCAGCUCGUGCCAGCCGACGGCGGCUGUGGUGGCGAUCGCCAGGACGGCGGGCAGGAGCAGGGCGCGCUGUGGCGGCGGGCGAUCCUGAUGGGGCGGCGGUGCGAGCCGCUCGACUUCCCCGGCGCCAUCCACUACGACAGCUUCGGCCGGCGGCUCGAGUCGCCGCGCUGCGGCAGCAGGAAGGCGUCGGGGGCGCUGUUCUGCCGCUCGUCGGACGCCGUCGACGAGGCCGUCGUCACGGCGGUCAGGAAAGCCAGCUAGCUGCUCCUAGCUGACUGCUACCCAUCAAUGCACCGAUUUGCUGAUGCCAUGGUGGCGUUCUUGAUCGGAUGAUCUUGGCGUGCAUGUGUGUGGCUUUGCUUGUGUAAAUUCUUUGAUGUUUUUCCUAAUGCCGUCAUAGAUCAUAUUAUGCCCUAGUUUCAUAGUUUGAGUUGUACAUAGCAUGCUAAUUUUGUUGAAUAAUUAUGCUAAUUCUUCUUUGAGGAAAAGAAUUA